UAUACGUUUUUUCUAUGCUUAUAGUGUGGCUUUUUAUGUUUUUGUUUGUAUGAAUAAUUGAGAUACAGCAUUAAAUUUCAUAUACAUUUGAAUUUUGAGGCUUCAUAUUUUUCAAUAAUACCAGCACUGAAGGUUUAAGCAUUGAAAAGUUAGAGGCCAUUUACUUCGCAAUCAAAAUUUUCUUCAGCAGAUUUAGUUCCUGACAUAUCUCAAAAAAGCGGAAAAAAUUAUGGAAGAAUUGACCUCCGAAAUUUCUGAAGAAGACCUCAAAAAUGUCAACUCAGAACAAUUUGCGGUGGGUGGAAAUGGACAUUUAGAGGUUGGCGAAGAAGAAGUAACAGAGCAGGAUGUUGUGAAUGAAGACCGACUGCCUCCAAUGUUCCCCCACUCUCCUAAUAACUCCAUCGUGUCCAUAGACCCCGAGAACCCAGGACGAGUCACCACCACAUCGCCAGAUCCUGAGGCCAAGUUUAACGAAUAUUACAUAAAUAGUCCUAUUCAAGUCUCCAAUCAAAGAGCAACCGGGAUACCAAAUACAGUCCAAAUUCCAGACGCCACGUCUCAAUUUGCGUCUCAAACCAGCAUCAGCGACCAAAAUGAAGCUUUAGGAAAUGAAAAGACAGACUUCCUAACAUUGCAAAAUUUUAAACCGAAAACUCGUAGCCAGUCACCGCUCCGUGGAAGCGCGCUGGCGAUAAGGAAACGGAGCAACACAUCAAACAGUAAGCAAACAAUUGGGUCAAGAAAUAUCGCGACGAGUGACUCAAACGCACUAUCAAUUUCGAAUUCAUCCUACGUCAAAAAUUCGAAGGGCAAAAAAGAGAUCGCAAGGCAGAACACGGAUCAGUUUAAGACUACUAUUCCGAUUCAGAGAAUGCUGAAGGGAGGACACAGCAAAGAGGCACAGCAACAGAUGAAAACGAUUCACGAUUCAGAUCAACAAACAGACUUCGACCAUGAAACUCCCAGCCAAAAACCCGUGUCCAUGAAUCAAAAACUGAACUGGGAAGAAGCCAUAGCAUCUGCAGACAGUGUCUUCUACUGGUCCAGAAAGGCCAUGUAUGACCCCAAGAAAAGGUCAUUUACACUGAGCUAUGAGCGACCCAACCCGCGACAGAAAGAGGCGGCGUCUGUGGAUCCGACCAGUAGUCUUUGGAUGUCGGCCGCAGUUCCGAACUUAAGGUUGAAUAAGAGAUUGAAACUGGUUGGGCCUGUGUGUUCAGUUGGCAACACGGGAAGAUUACACAUGUGCACCAGGGGAACUGUCAGCUCCAAAUCAGUGGAGCCCCAGUAUAAGAGUGUGCUUCCGCAGAUGCUAAACGCGGCAGACGAUCCGACUCUGAAAUCGAACUGGGCGGUGAAUUUUGCCGACCCUGCUGUUCUGGAUCCGGACACCGGUCUCGAUUUCCCUGUGCGGCAACUGAGAGAAGCGCCGGUUCACGAACCGCAAGUCAGACCGAGCACCAAGAUGAGUCCACGACUGAGGAGCAGAGUAAUAACAGCCAAUCAGAUUUCAGAGCAUAGAUCCAAGUCUGCUUUUCUUCCGACACUCGAUGCGGACCAUAAAGAGAACAGAAAUCAGCUACCCAGAAAGAAUUUGAAGUCUGCUACUGCGUCUACGCAGACAACGCCUCUUAGGCCAAAUCAGACGUCGAUAAACCUUCCGAUAACUGCCUCUCAAACUGCAGACACGGUCACUGUGUUCAACAGAGACGGUAGCUACUGCGGAAUAGUACACGCCGUACAGAACAUGCAGAAGUCUAUGCCCAAACCAAGACAACUGACAACCCCGAGAUCAGUUAAAACAAAACACAUUGGAAUGAGUAAUACCAAGCAGUCGUAUGUGGAUGCGGCUGGACGAGCGGACCAGUUGUUUCCGAGAAGACCUACAACAACCCACCAGCAGAUACUGAAAGAUCUCUACGUCACUCAGAGCAUUUUCGAGAAAGAUAAAACGCAGUCUUUCAGUCCAAUGAGACACUACUUCACAACUUAGAUGCUUAUUCAUAGACAAGCCAAAGCCAUCAAGUCUGUGACUGUGAACUGUUAAUAGGAAAAUAUUAGUCGAUCCAGGCUAGUUGAUGCUUUAAAAAUGAUUAUACUCUUUGCGAGCUGGGUGUGUGCUUGUUUUCUAAUAAAUUUCAUCAAAUUUUUGUGAUAAUUCAGUCAUUUGUCGAAGCAUUGUUCAAACGUUU